AUGGCUACGAAUCAAUCCAGGAAGUACGGUGUUACACCUCCAGUAUCCCAGAACUUCCCCACUGAAGCUGAGCUUGCUGCCAACGAUGCCCUCAUUGCGGAGCUGAAGAGACAAAACAACUUCGAGGGCCUGGAGGAGACAGAGCGAAGAAAAUCUACACUUCAGCUUAUACAGAAGAUCACUGUGGAAUUCGUCAAACAUGUCAGCAAGACGAAGAAUCUCCCUCAGUCCGUUGUGGACAAAGCCGGCGGCAAGAUUUUUACAUUCGGGAGCUAUCGCCUUGGAGUUUACGGACCUGGCUCUGAUAUAGACACCCUCGUCGUUGUACCACAGCACGUGACUCGAGAAGACUUUUUCGAGCACGUCCCUACCCUUCUGGAGCGUAUGGCCCCUCCUGGAGCCAUCAAGGAGCUGACGCCCGUACCCGACGCCUAUGUACCAAUCAUCAAACUCGAGCUUUCUGGCAUAAGCGUCGAUCUCAUUUUCGCACGCCUCGCCCUCCAGUCUGUGCCGAUAACCCUCACUCUCAAAGAUACUAGCAUACUACGGGGUUUGGAAGAAAGAGAUUUGCGAUCUUUGAAUGGAACACGGGUGACGGACGAAAUACUCGAAUUGGUUCCGCAACAGAAGACGUUCAGAACCGCGUUACGAGGCAUCAAGCUAUGGGCCCAACGUCGAGCGAUCUACUCCAACGUGAUUGGGUUUCCCGGUGGUGUGGCAUGGGCAAUGUUGGUAGCCAGAAUCUGUCAGCUAUACCCUCAAGCCACAGGUUCUGUCGUCAUUGAAAAAUUCUUCCUCAUGAUCGGCAAAUGGCCAUGGCCUCAGCCGGUACUCCUUAAAAGUAUCGAAGAUGGUCCGUUGCAAGUGCGAGUUUGGAAUCCCAAGAUUUACAAUGGAGACCGCUUCCAUCUCAUGCCAAUCAUCACACCAGCAUACCCCUCAAUGUGUGCGACGCAUAAUAUCUCGAUGUCAACCAAGACCAUCCUUAUUCGAGAGCUAGAGCGAGGCAGGGCGAUAACCGAUAAGAUCUUCAGUGGCCAAUUGCAAUGGAAAGACUUGUUUUCAAAGCAUACUUUCUUCACCGAUGACUACAAGUACUAUCUCAGUAUCAUUGCCUCAAGCAGAACAAAGGAUGCGCAGAAAGUCUGGUCUGGCCUCGUUGAAUCCAAAGUACGCCUACUCGUAUCGAACCUUGAGACCCAAGAAGCGAUUGCGGUGGCGCGGCCGUUUAACAAAGGGUUUGAACGCGUGCACCAUUGCAAGAAUGAAGAUGAGAUCUACGCUGUCUUGAACGGCGACCUCAGGUUCCAAGCCACAAAUGUCAAGACUGAAACGACCGAUGUUGCCAAGGAUCCGGUGCAUGCUGCUGCUGCCCAGGGUAAUUCUGACGAAAUGGCAAUGCCGAAUGGUCAUACCGAGGCUACCACGAACGAAGAUGGAGAGCAGACCAUCUAUAAUACGACCUACUACAUCGGCCUUGAGCUAGCUCAAGACGCGACGAAGAAACUCGAUAUAUCAUAUCAAACAAAGGAGUUUAAAGAAAUCUGUACAGGAUGGCAGAGCUACAACCGAGAUCUGAAUUCCCUGUCUAUUGUCCAUACUCGAAAUUACGAUUUGCCAGACGACGUUUUUCCGUUAGGAGAAGUUAAACCCACUAGGCCAAAGAAGAAGGUCAGCAAGAAGAGAGACCUCGACGCUAUGGAGGAAACCCCUCAGCCUUCGAAUGGCGUGAAGAGACGACGAUCAGACGAGAAGGAACCAACAGCUUAA